AUGGCUAUGGUUCUACAAGCAAAUCUUAUGACAAACGGCAAUAGCAGCACGGUUCCAAUGGAUAAAUGUGAACCGCUGCAUCAUAAAUCUUGUUCAUCAACAUCAUCAUCAUCAUCACCACCACGUUCAGCAUCACCAAUAAAUAAUAAAGAAGAUAGUUUUCGUCGAAUGAUAUUUGAAAAAAUAGAAGAAGCAAAACGUGAUACUGAUCCAAAAAAAUGUCAACAAGUAUUAGAUGAUUUAAUGAAAAUGUUAAAACAUCUUACAGCUGAUGUUAACAAUUAUAAUUUAGCAUUUCGUGAAACACGACCACCUUUUUAUAUGCAAGAGUUUCAACGUUUAACAGAUCGUAUUGAUAUAUUAACAAAAGCUCGUGAUACAUUAACAGAAUAUCUUCAUGAAGUUGAAGAUCAAAAUAUUGAAAGUGUAUUUUCAUAUUCGUCGCCCAUAAAUGAAUCAUCAUCAAUAAAUGGUCAAUUCCAAUAUUCACCAUCAGAAAAAUCUCCUCAACAACAUAAAUUAUCAACAUCAUCGAUGCAAACAAAUUCAAAAGAUAUACAUGUAAAUGAUUAUUCAACAUCAAAUGAUCAACAAAAAAAUUAUCAUGUUUACCCAUCAUCACCUCCAAUAUCAACAUAUGUUUUAUCACAACCAACAAAUUAUUUUAAUCAACGAUCUCGUAGUCCAAGUAUGACACCAAGUAAUUUUAUUCGUGUUCAUUUUCCAAAUAAACAUACGACAGCUCUUGCACCACGUAAUGAUGAAACACUUGAAGUAGCGCUUGAAUCACGGGCGUCACGACAUUCAGUUACUAAUUUAAGAGAGUAUACGCCAGUUUAUAUGAUAUCAAGGCAACCAUGUCCAUGGGAUAUAACCCUUGAUCGUGUUCUUGAAACAGAAAUUGAACUUGAAGAAAAAACAAAACUUGAUCAUUCAUUUGAAAAUAUCCCAACACCUCGCUUUCAUGUUUUUGGUGUUCGUUGUGUUGUCUGUCAUCAACGUAUUCGUGGAACUCAUAAACGUUGUGUUUCAUGUCGAAAUAAUUAUCAUAAUUAUUGUUAUAUGAAAGCACCUAUUUGUUCUCAUCCUAUUCUUCAACAUAUUAAACAUCCUGGUUCAAAUCGAUUCGAUACAGAACGAAUAACAGCAAAAAGUAAAGAAUCAUCACGUAGUCUACCUCGUUAUCCAUUACCAAGAUCAAAUAUAAAUGCAAAUCAAGGAGUUGGUUCACAAAAAGAUAUCAGUCAGGAUUCACAUGGUAUUCCAUCAGUAACAACAAUAUCAAAUGUUGGUUACUGUUCGAAUGUUAUACAAUCAACAAUGAAUAUAUCAUCAUCACUAUCCUCAAGUUCGUUCUUUCAACAAACAUCAUCAUUGCCAUCAUCGGCAUUACCGAUGUAUCACAUACCUCAGUCGUUACUUACUGUUAAUGGACCACUUAUCACUAGCACAGAAACUCUUCGACCUAGUAUGAUCAAACCAUCAAUUGAUGGUGUUAUUGAUAUAAAAAAGCCACAUAAACAUGUCAGUGAAUGGGAAAUUCGAUCAGAAGACUUACUCAAUCGUGGACGUAUGGUUGGUCGAGGCACAUAUGGCACUGUCUAUAAAGCUGAAGUACGAUUACAUGGUUUAAUUGCACUUAAAGAAUUAAAUUUUAUCUCACCAACACCUAGUCAAUUUCAAGCAUUUCGAAAUGAAGUCAUAGCAUUAAAAAAAAUUACGCAUCAGAAUACAUUAAACUUUUAUGGCUAUAUUCUUUCACCACGUUUUGCUAUUGUAACACAAUGGUGUGAAGGUUCAACACUUUACAAGCAUAUUCAUGUUCUUGAUCGCCAUUGGAAAAUAAAUCAAUUAAUUGAUAUAGCAAGACAAAUAUGUCAGGGAAUGUCAUAUUUACAUGAUCGUGGAAUAAUUCAUCGUGAUCUGAAAUCAAGUAAUGUUUUUUUGGAUAUGUGUUCUGAUCCAGAUGAUGUUACAAUUUCUUGUCGUGUUAAAAUUGGUGAUUUUGGCUUAGCUGCUGUUAAAACUGUACUUGCUGAAAGUGUUAAUCAACAAUUUCAACCAACUGGUUCAGUACUUUGGAUGGCACCGGAAGUCAUUCAACAAAAAGAUCCUAAUUGUUAUUCCACAAGUGCUGAUGUAUAUGCUUACGGAUGUGUUUUGUUUGAAAUGUUUAGUGGAAAAUUACCGCAUACACCAAUCAGCAAUAAAGAACAGAUAAUGUGGCUUGUUGGAAAAGGAAGAUUAAAAUUAAAAGUUGAACAAUGUCGUGAUGACACACCAACAGCUAUAACUAAUCUUAUUCGACAAUGUACAGAAUUUGAUCAUGAAAAACGACCUAAUUUUGCACCUGAGAUUGAUGAUACAUUAUCAAAAUUUGAAUGUAUAUUUCCACGUUUACAACGUUCACAAUCAGAACCAUGUUUAAUACAUACACAUCAAGAUGAUUUACUUGGUUUAUCAAUACAUUUUGGUGUACCAAAAACACCAGUCUCAGUUCAUCGACGUUUUAAUGCUGAAAGUGAAAUGGAUGAAAGAGAUUCAAGUGCUUUAUAUAUCGAAGAAGAUAUCGAUCCAUCACCAUCGUAUGAUAUUGUUAUUAAUCGUUGUUUAUCAUCACCUAUCAAAUUCUAUACAGCUGAUAAAAAAUUUGUCUCAAAUAAAAAACCUGACUUUAAUAAACUGAAUAUGAUCGAUGUGAACAUAUCAUCUAUCAAUAAUAGUCAUCAAUUAAUAUUUUCAAAAAAUAUAUCUACUUCAAGUGUAACAUCAAUUGAAUUUAUUGUAACACCUACUUCUUCGGUAGAUAAAUUUCAAGAAAUUUCUUCGAAUGACAAUAAAAAUAUGAUUGAUACUAUUCAAUGUACAUCUAAUCGAAAUUCUCAAUAUUUUAAAAAUUCAAGAAUAAUGAAUAAUAAUAAUAAUAAUAAUAAAAUAUCAAUAUCUUCAUCAUUUCAUGAUCUACGCUGUAAAUCUUCUCGUUUCAUAUUAAAUAGUUUUCGUUUAAUAUCAAAACGACGAUUAAUCAAAUGGAAUCAAUAUUUAACUGGCAAACGUCAUCGAAUAUUUUAA